AUGUCAAACUUAGGAAUCAAUCGGAUAUAUCGAAUGAAAGAGAUCCAUGUCCGCGUUGAUGAAUUUCUACAGUGUGCAAUGAAAACUAUAAAGCUUAAGCGACUGCAAAAUACAAGCACGCAAGUAGGACUCGCCAUUGCAAUAGAACAAGGGCAUGUUGAGGUCAUUACUCAUUAUGUAGAGCAAAUCCAAGCCUCGUCCACGACAUCGAAAUUGAACACCUAG